AUGUGCAACCCACUGGCAUCUCCUCGUUCUGACGUGACUGUCACUGCAGUCCCAGUGCCUGUGCCUGCCAAGUCGACCAACCCUAAGGUUGGUUUGCCUUCGACGAGUGUUGCAGACAGUAGUGCGGAGUCGUUGGACCUGUCCGGUCCUUCACAUGACAAGCGUAACGCGUUCUCCCAACGUUUGACCAAAGUCACUGUGCGCCCCCCUUCCCACGCUCCUCGCUCUUUCCUUCGUUCUUCCUUUCGUUCUUCCUUUCGUUCUUCUUCCAUCCCCCCUGUUCCUCCUAUUCCCGCCUCCAUCCUGAAGAAUCGACCUGGCAACAUCACUAUCAGCGAACUCAAACCUCGCUCUUCUUCUGCCCCGCCAUCUCCGCCCAAGAUGACUGACAGUCCCAAUGUCCCGGAGGGUAACAACAAACCACUCCCCGUGUCUCCCUCCAGUAGAUACGGCCCUCACACACCCAGCCCUCGUAAAUCCAUCUUCAGAAAUGAUGGCAUAUACCAUCCCAGCGUCAGCCCCAUGGACCGCGCUACCGGUGCCAGUUCUACCGGUGUUAGUCCUUCUGCUCAUCGUUCCAGCCUGACCCUUAAGGAUCUUCCUGAGGCUGUCCGAUCUAUUCAGUACAAAUACGAGACCGACUUCAAGCAACUGGCAAAGAAGAUCGACAACAUUGAGAAAGUCGAACAGAAAGUUGAGGACUUUGUCACCAUGACCCGGGACUACAUCCAGGACCAAAUGGAUGCCCAACUUCAGCGCCAGUCCGACGGGGCCUUCGAGCUUACCAAAGCAAAGCUUGACGCGACUGAAGCUAAGGAGCAGGUUGAGGAGAUCAAGGAGCAGAUUCACGAAAUGCGACUCGAAAUUAAUGGACUCACCUCAUCUUUCAAUGACCUGAGUGCCAAAGUUGACAUGUGUCUCACUGGAAUUUAUGACAACACCGAAGAGCCAUUCGUGGCCUACCAGCGUCGCAAAAACACAGAGAUCGACGAAGAUAUUCAAGACAUCGGAGAUACAACCGUCGAGCAAGCAGCGCAGAUUCUCUUCUUGAGACAAAUGUUGAUUCGCAUUCAAGUUGCACUCAGAGUCUUGCAACACGAGCACGGUCUUAACGUUUCUGAUGAGGUGGAAAAGAUUCUUCCUCCCACCCCUUUCCCUAUACGCGACACCGUUCCACCUACUGGUACUUUGAGAACCGUUUCCUCUCAGUCUGCAGCAAUUCCGCCAACACAGGCCGCUACUCCAGUAACUACCCCUGUUCCAGCAAAGAGCCCUGCUUCAGCAACUACCACUGUCCCAGCAAAGACCACUCUUUCAGCGUCAGCGACUCCGCCAGCAUCAGCCAGUGGAUCAGCUACAAUCACUCCACCAGGGUCUUCCACUGUGAAGCCGAGUUCUAUUCCUCGUCGAUCCAAGAAGAUGAGUUUGAGGAAGUCCUCCAACGUAUCCUCUGGCUCUACUGUUGCACAGGAGACCUCCGUCACCGAGGAAGAGACGGUUCCCCCUGUACCCGCCCUUCCCCACGGGAUUCGCGUCCCCUUUGAUGCUGCCCGGGAUGUACCCAUCCCCCUCGCCAAUAUUCACCCGCUCUUUAGAGCACAAUUCAACGGGCGAAACGCCGAGGGCAUCCCUGCGGCCGCUGUACUUCGGACUGGGGAGCCUUCGGGCCCCGUGUCCCAAGUUGAGACUCGCGAGGACGAGGCGCGCAAGUAA